AUGGAGGGUGAAGGAAUAAAGAAAAUUCUAGUGACCGGUGCUUCCGGUUACCUGGGCGGAAAGCUCUGUCACGCUCUCCACCGUCAAGGUUACUCCGUUAAGGUCCUCGUCAGACGCACCAGCGACCUUUCCGCACUUCCUCCUACUUCCGAAAUAGUCUACGGCGACAUCACUGACUUUUCCUCACUUCUCUCCGCAUUGCCUGACUGCUCCGUCGUCUUCCACCUCGCCGCUAUUGUCGAGCCGUGGCUUCCCGAUCCAUCUAAAUUCACCUCCGUCAACGUUGAAGGUUUGAAGAAUGUGUUGAAGGCACUGAAGCAAACCAAGACGGUGGAGAAACUCAUAUAUACGUCGUCGUUUUUCGCUAUCGGACCAACUGACGGAGCUAUUGCUGAUGAGAAUCAAGUUCAUCAUGAGAAAUUUUUCUGCACAGAAUAUGAGAAAUCAAAGGUUACCACCGAUAAAAUUGCUCUUCAAGCUGCUUCAGAGGGAGUGCCAAUCACGAUUCUUUAUCCUGGAGUUAUUUAUGGACCUGGCAAAGUCACUGCAGGAAAUGCUGUUGCAAAUAUGCUGGUAGAACGAUUUAAUGGUCGAUUGCCGGGUUACGUUGGCAGUGGAAAUGAUAAAUUUUCGUUCAGUCAUGUUGAUGAUGUGGUAGAGGGGCACAUUGCAGCUAUGAAAAAGGGGAAAAUUGGGAAGAGGUAUCUAUUGACAGGUGAAAAUGCAUCGUUUAAUCAAGUUUUUGAUUUGGCUGCUUUGAUCACUAAUACUAGAAAACCAAUGUUUCGUAUCCCUUUGUGGGUGAUUGAAGCAUAUGGGUGGUUCUCAGUGUUGCUCUCUCGAAUCACUGGAAAGUUACCUAUCAUCAGUCCACCGACGGUGUAUUGUUUAAGACAUCAGUGGGAGUAUUCAUGCGAGAAAGCUAUAAUGGAGCUAGAUUAUAAACCCAGAAGCCUUAGAGAAGGGCUUGCGGAGGUACUACUCUGGUUGAAGAACUUGGGAUUAAUAAGAUAUUAG